AUGUCCGCCGACACCACCCCCAUAUCCCCAGCCCGCUUCGCGGCCGCGCUCAAGGACCUCUCGAUCAGCAUGCUUCACCUCAAGAGCCUCGAGAUCCGCAACUCCAUCGCCCACCUCCAGUACUCAAACGACCAGCUCAUGCCCUUCGCCGAGGGCUCCGCCACGGCCCUCUCGUCGACCCCCGCCGCGGACGCCCCCGCCCAGCCGGACCAGGACUGCGUCGACGCCAUCUACGAGAACGAGGUGGUCAUCGACCGCAUGGCCGAGAGGAUAGCCCUCAUCCGGGCCGAGGUUGAGGAGCGAGGCGUCGCCUGGGUCGACUUCCAGAGCAUGGACGAGGCGCCCGAGACCACGGACAAGGACGGCUCCGCACACCAGAAGACGUCGCAGGCCGUGGCCAACGGCGUCAGCGGGGGGGAGGCGAGCACACAGAAUGGCGAGCCGCAGUCCUCGCCCUGGACGGACGGCACCUUCCAGACAGGGACGAUCCGCAACGGACAAGUGACGUUUGACAGUCAACCAAACGGUCGGCCAGCGCAAGGUGGGAGCUUGACAGAUGAACAGCUAAGGGCAGCUCUGGAGGAAAGAAUGGGCGACAUUGCAAACGAGGAUGAGGACGAGUCUGGUGGAUUGCAUCUGUGA